AUGCGUCAACUCAAACAUCACGAACAAAAGCUUUUGAAAAAGGUCGACUUUUUACAAUGGAAGAAGGAUGACAGUAUAAGAGAGAUCAAGGUCAUUCGUCGAUACCAUUUACAAAAAAGAGAGGAUUAUCACAAGUACAACAAACUUGCAGGCAAUAUUAAACAGCUCGCCAACAAAAUUUCGUUGCUUGAUUCAAGAGAUCCUUUCCGAGCACAACAAGAAAAGGCAUUGCUGGACAAACUCUACUCCAUGGGAUUGAUCACCUCGACCAGCAAAUUCAGUGAUUGCAACAAGAUUACAGUGUCAGCUUUUUGUCGACGACGUUUACCCAUCGUAAUGUGCCGUCUCAAGAUGGCUGAAACUGUGAAAGAAGCCGUUACCUUUGUGGAACAAGGUCAUAUUCGUGUGGGUCCCACUACCAUUACUGAUCCAGCGUUUCUUGUCAACCGAACCAUGGAAGAUUACGUUACUUGGGUCGAUACCUCCAAGAUCAAGAGAAAGAUUCUCAAGUAUAAUGAUAAGCUGGAUGAUUAUGAUCUGUUGUAA